AUGCUGGGGGGCGAGUCUGCCGUGGCGAUGGAUAGGAGAACAAGGGAAGGAGCUCCUUCCUCGCUUCGACGGCAACGUGCGGGAACGACACUGUGCAGCACGGCGCCACGUAACGAGAGCGAGCCCAAUGGUGUGAUACUAAGAGACAGCGGUAGUAUUCUAAGGAAGUCUGAGUGGAAAUUCAUUGGAUUUCCGAGCAUCAGCUCGCGUCCCGUCGUCGUGAUGGCAGUGUCUGCCACAGCUGCACACACGAGAGUUCAUGCCAGUGGUGUUGAGCCGGUGGGCGGAGGGCUGACUUGCUUCAAACAGUGCGCGACAACGACCACCUCCUUCCUCCGGCUCAAGGCAGCAGCAGUAAUGGCGUGA